AUGAUGAAGGAUCCUUCCCCUCUUAUUGUUGGCGAUCCUGCCAAGUUUCAUAAACCUGGAGAAAAUUACAAAACGGAUGGCUAUGUUGUGACCAAUCGUACUCAGGUCCUGCUUAAAGAGCAUUUGGCCAAAACAGGUGGUCAUGUUGUGACCCGUUUUCCACCAGAGCCUAACGGUAUUCUUCAUAUUGGUCAUGCCAAAGCAAUUAACUUUAAUUUUGGCUAUGCUAGAAAAACUGGUGGUUUUUGCUAUUUGAGAUAUGAUGAUACCAACCCUGAGAAUGAAGAGGCUCGUUUCUUUGACGCUAUUCUUGAUAUGGUCCGUUGGUUGGGAUUUGAACCAUACAAGGUCACCUACGCAUCUGACAAUUUUCAACAACUUUAUGAGUGGGCACUGAAAUUGAUCGAUUUGGAUCUCUGCUAUGUGUGUCACCAGCGUCCUGAGGAAUUAAAGGGUUUUGAUCCUCCCCCAUCUCCUUGGCGCAAUCGACCGAUUGAGGAAUCAAAAAGGUUGUUUAUGGAUAUGAAAAAUGGAAAGUUGGAAGAAGAAGCGGCCACUCUUCGGAUGAAGUUAACGCUGGAGGAUGGCAAGCAAGAUCCGGUGGCUUAUCGCAUAAAAAUGCGUCCUCAUCAUCGAACAAAAAAUGAAUGGUGCAUUUAUCCUACCUACGACUACACUCACUGUCUUUGCGAUUCGAUUGAAAAUAUUACACAUUCUCUGUGUACAAAGGAAUUCCAGUCUCGACGUUCUUCCUACUACUGGUUGUGCAAUGCCCUAGACAUCUACUGCCCCGUGCAGUGGGAGUAUGGUCGAUUGAACUUCAACUAUACGGUAGUUUCGAAGCGAAAGAUUCUGAAGUUGGUUGCCGCGGGCGUGGUGGCGGAUUGGGACGAUCCGCGCCUAUUCACGCUUACCGCGCUGCGGCGCCGUGGCUUCCCCCCCGAAGCUAUAAACAACUUCUGCGAGAUCAUCGGUAUCACCGUGAGCCAGACCGUAUUGGACCCCUCCGCCCUCGAGGCCUGUGUUCGCGACUACCUCAAUAAACACGCCCCUCGCCGGAUGUGUGUGGAAGAACCCCUAAAUCUGGUCAUCAGCAACUGGAAAGAACUCUAUGGUGACAAUGAAGUAGUCGAAGUGACUGCACCUGACUUCCCCGCGGAGGAAAACAGCACCAUGCGUCAGGUGAUCCUCGCGCCCGAAUUGUUUAUUGAGCAGUCCGAUUUCAUGCCUGAGACGAAGCCUGGGUUCCGUCGGCUAACGCUAACCCAAACGGUCGGCAUCCGUUAUGCUGGUCUCGUUCUCUCCGUCAAUGAGAUCCACAGGGAUGCUAAUGAUAAAAUAUCAAGCAUUUCUGUCAUCGCGACUCCAGUUUCUACGGAAAACAAACCAAAGGCGUUUAUUCAUUGGGUUUCGAAUCCACUAAAAUGUGAACUUCGCCUCUACAGCCAAUUAUUCAAGGAAAAGAACCCCGAGGAUUGUCCUGGGGGAUUCAUGGCUGCUCUCAAUCCGAAAUCGUUGACCGUGGUCUCUGACGCAUUAAUUGAACAAUCAGUGAAGGAUGUCAAGGUGUACGACCGCUUCCAAUUCGAGCGCAUUGGCUUCUUCACAGUUGAUCAAGACAGCGAACCUGGCAAGCUGAUUUUCAAUCGCACGGUAACCCUGAAGGAGGAUCCGGGCAAGUCGGCCUACCAGGUGAAGGACUGA